CCAAGCUGGCCACAUUCUGGCUUUGCCCAUUUCUCUCCGAUCAAAUAACUUUGAGCGUGACAACAAAAGCUGAAAGACCUGUUCCUCUCAGUGUUGCUCAUGCAGGAACAGUAGUGACAUUUAUUAUACAAGAAAGGAGGAGGAAGUCUCGAGAGGCUUUUAGGAGCUCGAUUGAGUCCGAAAGGCUUUUCCGCAGCCAGCGAUCAACUUUAUGUUGUAGAAGAUGGGACUUUAUUUUCUGUACAAACUGACAGUCUGUGCUGCUUUACUCUGCACGGCACCAGCAGAUGGUUAUGUGUUUCAGGGGAUGUAUGACUGUGAGUACAGUGAUGACAUGAAGGACAUGGUCUUCUUUGUGAAAAAUGUGUUCAACCAGAAGCUCUGCACCAUAUAUGACUCUCGGGUCGGGAAGUAUGUUGGCUUUGCAGAACACUGCAUCAAGGAUGCAGCUCAUUACAACAAUCAGGCUUGGAAAAUGACAUUAAGAAGAAUUCAAGUGGAGACUGUUUGCAAAUACAACGCAAGACUGUUCAUAAAAAGCACACUGGAGAGAAACGUGCCUCCAAUUGUCAAAGUCCAUCAGACCAAGCCAGCUGACUACGGGGAGAGGUCCAUGCUUGAGUGCAGCGUCUGGGGGUUUUUCCCCAAGGAAGUGAGUGUGAGCUGGCUGAGAGACGGGGUCGAGGUCACCACGGAUGUGGCGUCGACAGACAUCAUGGCCAACGGGGACUGGAGCUACCAGCUUCACUCUUAUCUGGAGCUCACACCCAGAAGAGGGGAGAGGGUGACCUGCAGGGUGGACCACCGGAGCCUGAGAGCCAGUCUGGAGGUGGACUGGGACAGCUCUGCACUGGACGCCAAACGCCUGAAGAAGGCGGUGGGGAUCAUCUUCUUCUUUAUCGGCGUCGUUGUAGCCGUCAGUGGAGCGGCUUACUAUUGGUGGAAACAGAGGUUUGACUUCAGCCCAUUAAGCAGCCAAGAACUGACAUCUCCAGGUGAUCUGCCAGAAUCCUAGAGAGGGCAAUGCUGGAAUGAAUGAAACAUAAUAACGCUCAGCAAAGGAUUUGAAUUAGGUUAUAUUAAAAAGCAUUAAAGAUGGAAAAGAAAGAGAAAACAGUCCCCUUCAGCAUGCUGCUGUUACUAACCUACAGUGGGAGGAGACAAACGGCAUCGUGGGAAAAUGACAACUGGCCCCAGGACACCGAAGCUCCUCCUUUAUCAUUUGUGUCAACAAAGGACUCGGCUGACAUAUUAUCCAUCAAAAAAAAGUGCCAUAAAUAGUUCUGACUUUGUGAUGUGAUCAUUUCUUAGGAGGAAUGUCUCACCUGCAAAAACAGCUUCACCUUGAAAUAAGAGUUAUGAUGUCAUGUCUGUCUAUGUCUGUACGUACUGUUCUGAAUCACAGUUGAAGGAUAAAGAACAUUCGUUAACCUAUUACAUUAAAAAAAAAGUAGAGGAUUUUUAAAUUGCAAACUCAAGUAACUGUUAACUUGACAUUAAAGUUAGCCUAUACAUUUCAGUAGCCUAUGAUUACAGCUACUCAAGUACAAUUUGGAGGUAUUUGUGCUUUACUUGAGUAUCUUUAAGGUGCUUUUUGUGAGAAAAGUUUUUUUUUUUUUUUUUGUUUUAAUGACACUUUGGGAUGGCAGCCGACCCGCUCUACAACCCCAAAGUGUCAGGUAUUUACGAGUUGGGAGAUGUUCCAACUCAUGAUGAUUCAGUUCUGGAUGAAUGGUGCCUACAUUACCCAGAAUGCAACAUAACCACUGAGUGACAUCACUGGCGGGAAUUUAUCAGAUUACGUACAGCUUCUUCUGGAGCCACAAAAUGCUUUAUACUACUUUUUUCCAUAUAUACUGUGUAGUAGAACUCCCCAAGACCUGUAAACACACUUUAAUGGGCAAAACUGGUGGAGUUGCCCUUUAAGUGUCUUGAUUAGUACCAUCUUUGUACUGUCCUAAACAUGCAGAUACUGUAGGAGAAUAUGUAUCUCUUUCAUGUUAAUGUGUGAAAAUGUGUGCAUGAAUACACAGACGGCUUUAUCAGUGACACUUUUAUCUGAAGUAAAAGGCCGUUUAUCUUAUUUCAGUAAAAAUGGGCUUUCUCAGUUUUUAUCUGACAGCAGCGAUAAGAUGUGACGUCUGGGCUCAUCUGGGCGAAACGAAAUAAACAGUUUCCACCUUUUCUACUAAUCUCUUAUUCACUGGCACCACAAUUCUCAAUCUAUAUGUUAUUAAUCUUGGAAAACAAC